UUCUUUUCGUUUCACAAGGUUCUGUAGGCCUAGGCCUCUACAGAUAAAAAAUAAAAAUAAAAAGCAACGCCUAUAGGCAAAUUAGGGCUACUCUCAUAGCCCAAGGGUGAGCGUUUCUAUUAUGGAUACGCCUAUAAUGGUGGAAAGUGGAAAGGAAUCAGAUGAAGAGACACAUGGUAAUCAAGAGAAUCUCCCUGAUGUGCACCCUGUGAAAGAUGUCCCUGCAAUGGACCCAGUCAGCCCUCAGUCUGAUCCAUUGGGUGAACAUGCUUGUGAAAAUGGUUUCAAAGAGGAAUCCAAAGAGGAGUCUCCAGUCUCCACAGUGGAGAAGACUGAAGAAGAAAAUGCUUGCAAUACAGUAGAGAAGCAGCAACCUGAAGAUGACUCUUCAAAUGCAUCUAGUCCAGAUCAUUCUGAACCCUUCUGCCAAAGAUUCUCCAUCAAGUUCACCGAUGACAUCACCAAGGACGGUGAUGUCGUCAAGUAUACCAUUCAAGUCCGCAAACUGGCAGAGGACAUCCAAGUGACAGUGAAACGGCAGUUUGAGGACUUUGAAUACCUGGACCACUGCCUAUGCACAGGGAACAAGAUUGAUGGCGUGAUCGUCCCUCCCCUCCCGCCUCGACCUCCCAUCGAUCCUCAGGCAGCUGAAGAAAUGACCAAGAAGAAACUGGGGUCUUCCUCUCGUGCCUUCCUUGGGGAUCAGUUUCAGAAGGACUCUAAGAUGCUGGAAAAGUACUUGGAGCAGUUGAUGACCCAUCCAGUCUUUGGUAGUGAUCCCCAGCUGGAGAAUUUCCUGAUGAAGCCUGAACCUCCAGCUAGGGCCAAAGUGAAGAAAGGGUUAUGGAGUCGAUUCACUGAUUCUCUGGAUGCUAGAAAAGCAACUCAUCCUGACUGUGAUGAGUUCUUUCAGAGACAGCGAGAAUGGGCCAUAUCUUAUGGCCAUGCAAUUAAGGAUGGAAGUGACAAAUUUGAAUCCCUUUUGGCUUCUGAGCAGAGGCUAGGAGGGCAGCUGAGGCAUUUGGCCACUGCUCUCAGUCUUGCUAUUCAGCCCAUCGAAGGUGCCAAUGCAACCUACAACCGUCUCAAUUCAAAGUUUGCAGAGUCAUUGGAGAAUCUUAGGGAAAGCUUUGAGGCAAGUUGUGGGAAUGGCAGUGAAACCUUGGGCUUCACCUUAGAUCUCUAUAGUCGGUGCCUUGAGUCCCUUCUUCACAUGCUACUAAGGAGAACCUGUCUUUUGGUUGACUAUGAGAAUGCCAAUAAGGCCUUGGAAAAAGUCAAGACCAACAGGAGAGAACCAACUCAGACAAGAGGAGGUGGUGAGGCUGUCAUGGAGGAGAUAACCACAAAGCCAGCCACUUAA